AGAAACACUUAUAUUGAAACAAAUAUAAAUGUAUCAAUGUAUAUGUGUACUGCUUCUCGCUUGGAAUCUAUUGUGUGUAACAACGACACGACAUGAAAUAGUCAUACCAUUCAAGCACUUAAAUCAUAGUGUAAUAGCUAUAUGGGCAUCAACACAACUAGUACAUGCCCUGAGGUACCAAGAAGGUCGUAGAAGGUAUACCGUGUCAUUCGUGCAACCAGUGAUACGUCGAUGUCUACAACAACGACUUAGCGCAACCAACGCACAAGUGGUAGUGGAAAUACGCCCAGGAGUAGGUGGCACCGAAGCUAAUACAUGGGCACAGGAACUAGCAAAGGCUUUCAAAAAAUUCUGUCAAAAUAAAAAGUGUAAUGUAAAAGAAGAGAAUAUAGGGAGUAUUAUAAUACUACACAUACAAGGUGAUGAUGAUAAAUUCAGAGAAAAUGGAUGCACCGGCCUAGAAGAAAGAUUUCUGCGUGAAGCUGGAAUACACCAAGUCAAACGAGUACCAACAAGUGAAAAGGCAGGAAGAAUGCACUCAUCAACAGCUACAGUAGCAGUACUGCCAACAGAAUUAACAAAAGCUAAAUACGAAGAUAUACUGGCCAAAAUAGUCAUAGACCCACGAGAUAUAGAAUGGAAAACAUGUAGAUCAAGCGGAGCAGGAGGACAAAAUGUCAAUAAGGUAGAAACAGCAGCCGCAUUAACGCAUAAACCUACGGGAAUUAGAAUAGAAUCACAAGAAGAAAGAACACAAAGCAAAAAUAAAGAAAUCGCAUUGGAAAAAUUAAAAAUACAACUAGCAAAAGAUAUAGAAUCUGAUGUUCGCCACGACGCACAAAAUAGAAGAAAGGAACAGAUUAAAGGGUCAAAACGAUCAGAAAGAUUGAAAACAUACUUCUUCAAUACACACCAAAUCAUCAACGAUAGAUGCGGGUGUAAAUACAAUCUCAACGAUUUUCUAAAAUUCAAACUCGAAAAAGUAGAUUGUGACCACUACUGAUGUGUAGAGUGCAGAUUCCACAAUACUCAAGCACACCUAAAUAUGCUGACGCAUAAUAUAGCGAA